CAGACCUCGGUGCCGGAGUCCAGCACAGCCCCAGCGCCCGUCCGCCCGCGUCCCGUCCGCGCACCUCGGCCCCACUAUGGCUCGGGGCCCGGGCUUCGCGCUGCCGUCGCCACCAAUGCCGCUGCUUCUGCUGCUGCUACUGGCGGCGGUGACCGGCCAGGCUGCCGCACAGGACAACUGUACGUGUCCCACCAAUAAGAUGACCAUCUGUAGCCGGGACAACCCAGGCGGCCGCUGCCUGUGCCGUGCGCUCGGCUCCGGCUUCGAGGUCAACUGCUCCACGCUGACUUCCAAGUGCCUGCUGCUCAAGGCGCGCAUGAAAGCCACCCAAAGCGGCCGCAAGCUGGUGCGCCCCAGCGAGCACGCGCUCGUGGACAACGACGGCCUGUACGACCCCGACUGCGACCACGAGGGCCGCUUCAAGGCCCGCCAGUGCAACCAGACGUCGGUGUGCUGGUGCGUGAACUCAGUGGGCGUGCGCCGCACCGACAAGGGCGACCAGAGCCUGCGCUGCGACGAGCUGGUGCGCACUCACCACAUCCUCAUCGACCUGCGCCACCGCCCGGCGGCCCGCGCCUUCAACCACUCGGACCUGGACGCCGAGCUGCGGCGGCUCUUCCGCGAGCGCUACCGGCUGCUCCCCAGGUUCGUGGCGGCGGUGCACUAUGAGCAGCCCACCAUCCAGAUCGAGCUGCAGCAGAGCGCGUCGCAGAAGGCCCCCGGCGACGUGGACAUCGCCGACGCCGCCUACUACUUCGAGAGGGACGUCAAGGGCGAAUCGCUGUUCGCCGGCCGCAGCGGCCUCGACGUGAACGUGCGCGGAGAGCCCCUGCAGGUGGAGCGGACUCUCAUCUACUACCUGGACGAGAAGCCGCCCCAGUUCUCCAUGAAGCGCCUCACGAGCGGCCUGAUCGCUGUCAUUGUGGUGGUUGUGGUGGCCCUCGUCAUUGGCGUGCUCGUUCUGGUGGUCACCAACAGGAGGAGAUCCGGGAGGUACAGGAAGGUGGAGAUCAAAGAACUGGGGGAGUUGAGAAAGGAACCGAGCCUGUAGGUGCGGGCUGGGCAGGGCGUGGUAGGGUACGGGAUUCUAGCAGGUCUCCUAAACCAAAGUGAGUCAUGCUUCUUGAUUCUUGGUCCAAAGGAGAUAUUUCUCCUCUCAAAUUCCUCUCUCUCCGCAUCCCACCAAGUUUGAUAGAUCCUGGUCUCAGAGUCACCUCUCUUUGUGACUUCUGCCUUGAAGUAAGCAUUUCUAAAAUGCUUUCCCUUUCGGUCUAACAAGAAACCUGACUCGAAGAGUUAAGAAAAAUCUGGCAUAGGGUUAUGUAUGAGAAUCAAGUGUCUGUGUGACAACCCACCAUCUUUACAAGUGACGCCAUUGAAGGCUUGAAUGCGUUUAGAUGGGAAGCAGCGCUUUUACUGUCUUGGGUUUAAGUUAUCUGAUUAGCUCCACUUGGCUCGAGGCCUUCCAGAUGAGGAAUUUGCCAAUGGAGCCGGUGUAGUAUCAGCGCGUACCGUAUCUUGCAUUGCUGGUCACACGUUUGAAAUCGGGAAAGAAGUCUGGUUCAGCUGCCUGAACACAUUUUAGAUGUCUUUGUUUGUUGCCAGACUCUGCCCGGAAACUCAGCGUCUAGUCUUCAGCUCACCCUUGUUAUUGCCGAUAUUAGUAAUGUUUCUUUUGUAAAAUGUUUGUACAUAUAUGUUGUCUUUGAUGAUGCUGCUGUGAUUUUUUUUUUAAAAACACGAAGUUAAUAAAAUAUGGGAAAGGCACAAAAGAUGGAGUUGGUGGAAACUUGCUCCAGAUUUCUAUCA